AUGUCAAAGGAAGCUUCACUCUCGGUCGCAGAGCGCGAGUUCAUCCUCGAAGCUCUGAACCAGGAUGUCCGCCUGGAUGGCCGAGGAUUGGACCAGUUCCGUCCUUUGAAGAUCUCCUUCGGCGAUGAAUACGGACAUGUGAAGCUUGAGCUGGGCAAGACAAGCAUUGUUGUCCGCAUCUCCUCCGAGGUUACAAAGCCCCGUGAUGACCGUCCAUUCGACGGCCUGUUCAACAUCAAUCUCGAGCUGUCUGCUAUGGGCUCACCAGCUUGGGAGAACGGCCGAUCCAAUGAUCUCGAGGCCUCUGUGACCCACGUCCUCGACAGCGUCAUCCGUCGCUCAAACGCCCUGGACACUGAAUCACUGUGCAUCCUCAAGGGUGUGAGCUGCUGGAGCAUCCGUGCUGAUGUGCACGUCCUCAACUACGACGGCAACCUGACCGAUGCAGCCUGUAUUGCCGUCAUGACUGGUCUGCAGCACUUCCGCCGGCCUGAUGCUGUGGUGCGCGAUGGCCAAGUUGUCGUCUACGGAGUGGAGGAGCGAGUCCCCGUUGCGCUCAACAUCACACAUAAGCCUCUCUCUAUCACCUUCAAUGCAUUCAACGAGGGCCGUAACAUCGUCAUCGACGCCACACGCAAGGAAGAACAAGCUUCCGAGGGAGAGCUUGUGAUUGGCAUCAACAAUGGAGGUGAAGUGUGCUUCACGUCCAAGUUCUCAGGUGCCCCGCUUGAUGGGAUGGAGGUGGUGACUCAGACCCGAGUUGCUCUGGACAAGGUCAAGGAGCUCAAUGCUCAGAUUGAGAAGGUCAUGCAGGCCGAUCUAGCUAAGCGGGCCAAGAAGGGCAUGGCAGAAGAAUCUCGGGCUGAGAAUGACCGCUGA